UUUAUAUUAUCUUUCGUUCAGUCAACUUGACUACAUUCCAAUACACGUCAGUUGCAGUGUUUGAUUGGCACACCUAAAGUGACACACAAGCCUGUCAAUGACUCACAGUCAUGUUACAAGCCUGUAUCAUAAAAACCAGCCAUCUCUUGUAAGGCCCUAUAUGAAUCCCAUGGUAAAUUAAUAUAACAAAGCAGAAAGUAUCAACACAGUUAAAAGAAAGUAUGUCAACACUGGAGCUUCCGAAUGUAGGAAGGUUAUGCAAGUAUCAUCCGGAUCAGUCAAAUCGGGAUUACCUUUAUGCUGUACAUCUACAGAUGGGAAAAAGAAUUAAGUAUUAAGACAACGAGAACAAAAUAUACAGACAUAAAUUGUUGAUCGAAAGGAGUUCAUACCGGUAGCUACAGUUGAAGAAAAAAUAAUGUAAAAUUCUUUAUUACGUUCGAACGAUUUGAUUUUGUAUAGGUUAGGUUCGAACAAGGGAACGUGGGAUCUGGCGGACCGGAUGCUUGGAAAUGUCAUCAACCGUCAUUCGAGUUUCCUGCCGAGAAAGAGCUUCGUGGGUGGUGUUGUGGCUCUCGUAUUUCUCAGGAAAGACGACGGGAAUCGUGGUUAGCCACGAAAUAUAAUCGAAGAUGCGAAGACACACACGAUAGAAUCGUCAUUGGUUGCGCCGCGGCGCUAGUGUGUGUGUUGUGCUCUGUUAUUCCUAUACGGAAAAUGCGCUAAGUGGGCUUGCGCUUUUCUCGCUUCUUGAACGUAGUGACCUAACCUCUCAGAGAGCCCUUGAACAUUUUUUGUCAAUCAAGAAUGAAGUCUGGCAGCAGGAACGAGAACAGGGGCUCCGUAGUCCUCAAGCCUGAGGAGAACGAGCAGGUUUACGGACUGAUCGGGAAUCGAUGUCAGUGCUUAGCAGCUGGUGUCAUUCAAUUAUAUGUGACAGAACCGCCAUUGCAUCGAGAAUGGAUAAAAAGGAAUACAGGCAUCAUAACUUUUAUACGGGACAAUCCAAAGCACAGCUUUUUCCUCAGAUUGUAUUGCCUGCAAAAGAAGGCAAUGCUCUGGGAACACGAGCUUUACAGCCCCAUGGAUUACAAGUCUCCUACGUCCUAUUUCCAUACCUUCGAAGGAGAAGAUUGCAUGACAGCAUUCAACUUUGCUGAUGAAACCGAUGCUCUUAUUUUGAGAAGUGUGGUUCUGGAGAAGCUGAACACAAAACGACAGCGAAGACAGGAAAGAAGAUCGAGAAUGGAAGUUGAUUCACAACACGGUGUGACUCUUCCCAGGAUGAGCCAAAGUAACACUUCUACAUUUGGCUUUAGUCAAGUAUCCACCUCGACUAAUUUAUUGAAUGGCUCACCAUCAGCAACGGGUGUCAACAGAAGCAUUUCCAGUAGUUCGAUGUAUAAAACGAAGAAAACGAAAUGGAAGAAAGACACAAAAAGACGACUAACUGCGGCCGACAUUAGUUCUCCAUCGAACUUCAGACACGUGGCGCACAUGGGAUGGCGCGAAGAGAAUAAGAGUCUAGAGACAGAGGCAGAAACACUAGAUCCUGACUUGAAGCAGUUCUUCAAUAAAGUCGGUGUAUCUGAAACUCAAUUGAGGGAUCCGGAGACGCGCGAUUUCAUUUAUGAUUUCAUCGAAAAUCGUGGCAAUAUGAAAGUAUUCGAAGAAGUUAGUGGUCACUCUUCCACUGUGCAAAGUAGAAAUCAGGCUGCGACACCUCAAGAACUGGGAGCACCACCACCGAUUCCUGUACGGACAGUACCAGUCAGUCCUAAUAUUCAAACGAAUAGCUAUCCAACAAGAAACGCGCCGCCUCCACCACCACCACGAACCAAUCUACCGCCACCACCACGAAGUGUACCGCCAGUACAUAGGCCGCUACCGUCGCGUCCUCAAGCACCAUUACCUUCCUCGGUAUCUUCGAUAUCUUCGACACCCCCAUCACCCCCGACAGCUCCGACGACACACUCGUUGCCAACGCUACCACCACCGCCGCCACCACCGCCGCCGUCGCGCGGUACCAGUAUUGCUGCAGCACCGCCACCUCCACCGCCACCUCCUUUACCCAGUUUCAAUGAGUUCGACGCUGAGAACGUAAACAGUACCAACAGCACGAACAAUAAUAACAAUAACAACGGUGACUGCCCCGAACCAAUGGCUAUGCUCAUGCAGUCAAUUAGAUCAGGCACAACUCUCAGGAAGGUUAACAAGAACGAAGAGAAGCCACCACUCGAAGAGGAUCCCAGGGAUGAUUUACUGAAUCAAAUUCGUCGAGGUAUCGAGUUAAAGCCGGUAACGAAUAUCCCGGAGAAGCCGCGGCCAUUCUUGAACCUCCAUGACGGAUUGGCCGACGCAUUGUCUAGGGCUUUGGCCGAGAGGGCACGCGUCAUUCAUAGCGACAGCGAAUACUCGACUAGCGAUACGAGUGACGACGACGAAUGGGAUGACUGAAUGAUCCUGGACAAAGGUAUUUGCCAGAAAUCGUAAACGUGUUCGCUGCGCCACGGGUGUAUUUCUAAGGAAAAGAAAAAUCGUAACGUGGAAUUCGGUAUUCGUUAUUCUUUUUUUCUUUUUCUUGUUUUCAAGAACUCUCCGUUCCUCGGAACGCUCAACGAUGACCGUCUGUCAAGUACGGCGGGUUCACGUCUCGUUCGUACGAGAGUUAAUAAACGAGAGAAUAAUAAUAUUAAUAGGGAAACCUAAUCGGUACGUAUGGUCGGUACGAUAGAGGAAUUUUAAGGCAUAGAAACCGUUUCAUGUUCGCCGCUAUGGAGAAAUCCUAGUCACACGCAAGAGAUGAUAAUAACGUUACUUAUUGAUUAUUGUAUUUUAUUAGAUUCUAUUUCCAUAUGGUCUAAGUCCUAAUUCUAAAGAAACAAAAAAGAUAACAAAUAACUAUCUACGACGUUGUCUUCAGACUAAACUUCUUUUGAUCCAACUACAGAUAUUACGAUUGCUACUAGUGUACUACUGAUUCCGUUUCUUUGUCACUCAAAUGAAACACUAGACAUCCGCGAAAAUGGCGAAUCUUCGCAAGUGCAACGCGGUGUGUAGGAAACUUAGGUAUUUAAAGGAUAUUCGAACAUCGCCGUGCGUUUCGCAAUCGCGAGAAGACUGCUCGAUUAUAAAAAUUGUCUCUUCUUCCAUUUAAGUGAUAUACACGCCAUUUUAUUUUCGCAAAAUUCUGUGAACGUAUAUAAAUAAGAAGGUGGCGCCUAACGCGAGAGGUGAAGUUAAUUCGUAAUCGGCGAUAUCGUGCCCGUCUCGCGAAAAGCACCUAUAAGGAGACAAGAAAGAAAGAUAAGAAAACAAGCUGUAAUACAGAUUAGCAUAAGAUCUAGUGUUAUUUAUUUAGCGUUCGAAUGCUCGCGAUUAAUUUAUCAUUAGUCUAUCCGCGAUAAGAAUGAUAUAUCGAAAAGAAAUCUUGUAGAUAACUAGCCAGUGUUUUCAUACAGGAAACAUACUCGGGAUAGAGCGAUGAUAAACGAUUGGAGAAAUAAUAAGAGAGAGAGAGAGAGAGAGUGAGAGUGUAUGUAUGUGUGACAGAAAGGUAGCGAGAAAAAACUAAAAAUAUAGAUAUCGAAUGUAAAAGAGGAAAAGACGACUGUGUUUUUCGACUACGCAAAAGUAAAGUAUGGCGUAAAUCGCUGGGAACGAUGAGCGCUCUCGUGACGAGUAAUACAUACCAAUCUUUUUAAUACAAUAUGUAAUAAGAGAAAGAUAAUAUCGCGUCGGACGUUUUUCAUGUGUCGCAGUGUGUCGGCAUAUGCAGAAUGGAGAGCGUCUAAGAUAUUUUUGCUACGAACAAAAGAGACGGGGACGAGGAUUAAACGAGAGGCAGAGACGAAAAUGGCGUUAGGAACAGAGAAAACUGUUAGCGGAAGUUUCAAUGCGUCGUUCAGGCAUAUGCCAUACGGGAAUUGUUCUGAUACAUCUGUGAAUUGUAGUUUAACAAAUUGUCACAGUCAGAAGACAUCGCGCGUUGAGGACAAUUUGAUAUUAUUAAUUCACACGCGUCUUACUCUAUACGCAGGUUACGAUAACUUCUGUAUGGCAGAAGCCUAAGAGAGGCAAGAAGAGUGUCAAACAAUUCGCACACUAUUUUCUAUUAUUUCUCAACGGGGAAUCCCUCGUAUUUAUAUGAUUCAUUUACGCCGGUCAUCCGUUUACCUCCGUUAUGUGGGCUCACAAGUGACCUGCGAAUUUUUCAAAAAUAACGAACAGUAUAUGCAGUUUGAAAAAAGAUAGUAAAAAUACUAAAACUCAACUAAAAGAAGUUAUUGAUUAUCUAGGCGAUGUAUAGUGCGAGAAGUACAUUUGAUAUUCGUGAUAACUUGACUAAUACUGCAUUUGCAUCCCCUUUCUGACAACCCCUUCUACUCCACGACCACCCUGUACCACUAUGUAUUAUUAAUAAUAUUUUGAAGCAGCGCGUUUUUAUCAUGGCAUCGUCCUUGAAGCACGUUAGACGCAGGAACAAAUUAUGAGAGACAGGAUAUUCCUCGAGGACGAGUCGCUGUGAUAAGAUGAAAGCGAAACGACAAAAAAUAUAUUGGCUAGAAAAUCCGAACUCUUGUUCUUUUCAUCUUUGACAAGUAAAGAAUAACGUUGCCUUCUUUCUCGCCUUGCAAGGAUACCAGACUAAGGAUUUUCUGGCCCCGUGGCACAUCAAUGGGAAUAUACAUAGUUUAAAAUAUGUAAUUAAUAUUGUUAUUUGUUAUAUAAUAAUAGCAUAAUAAAACGAAACUUUACAAUUACAAUGAGGAUUUUAGAUUAA